AGCCAUGGGAUUAGUUUGCUGGCUUUAGCAUGUAAUGUCGAUCAACUGCGGGGUCCCCAUCGUUUACUUGUUAACAUGGUAGUUAAAAUGAGUAAAAAUCAGUGUAGUAAUAGUAAAUAUCUUGCAGAUAGACGCACGUAACUUAACGUUAGAUGCGCCAUUAUGUCCACCGGCUUCAUACUCUAUGCUUACAAACUUAAAUAGCAGAUUUAGCGCGUGCUUUUAUCAUAUGACACUGUCUUAACUGUUACAAACGUUAGAAAUCUUCGUCUGGUCCAGGCACUGGCUGUGUAAGAGGUGAGGAUGGCGGAUGUGGUGCUCGGUGUUGGGACAGGUGUGUUUAUCAUCACUUUAAUCUGGAUACUGACUCUCGCGCUCACUAUAAUUCUGUCGCGCGCCACCGGCCCAACAAAGUUGGGUAUUAUCCCUGUAGUCCUUCUGGCACUCAUAAUCACACUGGUUUUAGUGUUUUUCCCGCGCGCAGCUGAAGUUCCCGCCCCUCAGAGAGCAGCUCAGAUCGUGGAUAUGUUCUUCAUCGGUCGCUAUGUGCUCCUGUCCUUGGUGAGCUUGGUGUUUUUGGCAGCCCUGUUCAUGUUGCUGCCCUUACAUUUCCUGGAGCCCAUCUAUGCCAAACCCCUGAGAACACACUAGACCACAAGGCUCUCUGUGCCAAACUCCUACAGAUAUCCCAGAGCGGGGCAGCCAACCUGGCAGCGUCCUCCAUCAACGAGCCCUGCUUGAGAUGAGAGGACAGCAGAAGGUUCCAGGGCUUUUGUCUUCCUGGCCAAAUCAGAGAUGUCCACAUCUUUCAGAGAGACCCGCACAGAGCAUGUGCUUCACCAGUGUUUUCAGAAGGGCGCUGGUGGGGUGUUUCAAGGUUUUCAUGUCCAGUUUCAAAGUUGAUUGUUGAAUAAAUAUAUAUGUAGUAUUCUAGAGAUGAGUAGAUGCUUUGAGACAAGAGGUGGUAUAUAGAAGAUUUUAAAAAAUAGGCUCAUUUUACAAGUUUCCCAGAGUUAAACGGUUGAGUUUUACCAUUUUUUGAAUCCAUUAAGCUGAUCUCUGCGUCUGAAGGAAACACGUUUAGCUUAGCUCAACAUAAAUUAUCAAAUCAGAUUAGAUCAUUAAUUUUCCUAUUUAAAGCUGGACUCUUCUUUAGUUACAUCAUGUAGUUACAAUCAGGGGCGCCUGCAGGAUUUUAUUCCAAGGUAUUAUAAUGAUAUAAAAUAUGCAUUUUGAUGGUAAAAUAACCAUUUAAACGAUGGCUGUUAUUUCUUUCAGUAUUCAAACAUUAAAUAACGAAUGCAUCAAGUGAAAUAAAAAUGAAUAUGAAACAACACAUAGCAGGAUAUAAAGCAUAUAAAGCACUAUUGUAUUUAGCAUAAUGCUGCUCUUUUUCGUUGUAUUUUUAUAAUUUUAUUUUUGUUAUUUUUUUUUAUUUAUUGAAGUUAUAAUUAAAGCUAAACAAAUUCA